AUGAAAUUCAUCGUAGUGCUCGCCGCUUUGGUUGCCGCAACCGCGGCUCUUCAACCUGCUCCCGUCAUCGUUGAAGACAACCAAGCAAUUGAUGAAGAAGUCCCCGAACUCAUCAACUUCCCCGCCCUCCCUGAAGCUGAUGAGCCCAUCACCGUCAACGUCCCCGGCGGACCAACUGUGAACAUUGUCAUCAACGUGAACACUGAACCACAACAGUUCGACGAAAUCGAACCCACACCUAUCCAGUUUGUCGACGAUGAAAUCGAACCCACACCCGUCGUUGUUGUCGACCACAACGACGAAGGAUCACUUGUGCAAGUUGUCGACCACGUUGAGGAUGACUUCCUUCCCGACCCAGCAGUCUACUACUAAAUACACACCAACUGAACAUAACAGCUGAUCGUUCAUGUGACGAAAAACAGCCACAGCCUAAUUUUAAUGUGU